AUGUUUAUGUGGUGGUCCGCUGUUUUAUUUCUUGGAUGCAUUUCAUUGAGAGCAGAAGGCUGGCCAGCCAAGGAAGGAUAUGACUUUAAGCCCUAUCAGCCUCCAGUAAGAUUACGCCACAAGCAAGAAAAGAGUCAAGAAAGUUCAAGAAAUAAAGGGCAUGUUGAUCAGGAUGGCCCCUUUGGAUCUUGUGAAAAUAAAUACUGUGGUCUAGGCAGGCACUGUGUUGUUAACAGAGAGAUUGGCCAAGCUGAAUGUGCAUGCAUGGAACACUGCAAAUCUCACUACAAGCCUGUGUGUGGUUCUGAUGGAGAAUUCUAUAAAAACCAUUGUGAAGUGCACAGGGCUGCCUGCUUGAAAAAGCAAAAGGUUACCAUCGUUCACAAUGAAGACUGCUUCUUCAAAGGGGACAAGUGCACAUCCACUGAAUACAGCAAAGUGAAAAAUAUGUUGUUGGAUCUACAAAACCAGAGAUACAUUGCUCAAGCAAAAGAAAAAAACACUGAAGAUAAAAUGAUUUUAAAGAAAUUGCUGGUGGAUCAAAUGUUUAAAUAUUUCGAUUCUGACAACAAUGGACUUGUGGACAGUAAUGAACUCUCUCAGGUAAUAAAACGGGAUGAGCUUGGUAAGGAUCUGUCUGACUGCUCUCUGUUCGAUCUGCUGAAAUAUGAUGAUUAUAACAGUGACAAGCACCUAGUUCUGGAAGAAUUCUACAGAGCAUUUGAGAUUGUUCAGCUGAGUUUGCCAGAUGAUCAGAAAAUAAGUAUCACUACAGCAACAGUAGGACAAAGUGCUGUCCUAAGUUGUGCCAUUCAUGGAGCCCUGAGACCUCCUAUCUUCUGGAAAAGGAACAAUGUCAUUCUAAAUAACUUAGAUUUGGAAGACAUCAAUGAUUUUGGAGAUGAUGGGUCCUUGUACAUUACUAAGGUUACCACAACUCACAUGGGAAAUUACAGCUGCUAUGCCGAUGGCUAUGAUAAUCUCCAUCAGACUCAUAUCGUCCAAGUAAAUGUUCCACCAGUCAUUCGAGUCUAUCCAGAGAGCCAGGCCAGGGAGCCUGGUGUGACAGCAAGCCUCCGAUGCUACGCUGAAGGUAUCCCAAACCCACAGCUUGGUUGGCUGAAGAAUGGAAUUGAUAUUACUCCAAAGUUAUCCAAACAGUUAACCCUUCAAGCAAAUGGCAGUGAGGUUCACAUUAGCAAUGUGCGCUAUGAAGAUACAGGAGCGUAUACUUGUAUUGCAAAGAAUGAAGCAGGAGUGGAUGAAGACAUUUCUUCUCUCUUUGUGGAAGAUUCUGCUCGGAAGACCCUUGCAAACAUAUUGUGGCGAGAGGAAGGUCUGGGAAUUGGGAACAUGUUCUAUGUGUUUUAUGAAGAUGGAAUCAAAGUGAUACAACCCGUAGAAUGUGAAUUUCAGAGACAUAUUAAGCCCAGUGAAAAACUCCUUGGGUUUCAGGAUGAAGUUUGUCCCAAAGCUGAAAGAGAUACUGUUCAGAGGUGUGUGUGGGCAUCUGCUGUUAAUAUCAAAGACAAGUUCAUUUACGUAACUCAGCCUACUUUGGACAGAGUGCUUAUUGUUGAUGUACAAUCCCAAAAAGUUGUGCAGGCAGUAAGCACAGACCCUGUUCCAGUGAAACUACACUAUGACAAAUCACAUGAUCAGGUAUGGGUGCUCAGCUGGGGAAACAUGGAGAAGAAUUCACCGACAUUGCAGGUAAUAACACAGGCCAGUGGGAGUGUUUCUCACCACACAAUCCAUACUCAGCCAGUGGGAAAACAGUUUGAUAGAGUGGAUGACUUUUUCAUUCCAACUACAACCCUAAUCAUCACCCAUAUUAGGUUUGGAUUUAUUCUUCACAAAGAUGAGCCUGUGCUCCAGAAAAUGGAUCUUGAAACUAUGUCAUACCUCAAGACAAUUAGUUUAAAGGAGUAUAAUUGUAUUCCUCAGUCUCUGGCUUAUACACACCUUGGAGGAUAUUAUUUUAUCUGCUGCAAGCCUGAUACAACUGGGGCUAUUCCACCACAGCUUAUUGUGGACAGUGUCACUGAUUCUGUGAUUGGAUACAAUGGUGAUGUGUCAGGCACGCCAUAUAUCUCUCCAGAUGGGCACUACCUUGUCAGCAUUGAUGAUGUGAAAGGUCUCAUGAGGGUACAGUCCAUUACAAUCAGAGGAGAAGUACAGGAUGCAUUUGAUAUUCACACUAACUUGCACAUAUCUGAUGUUGCUUUUCAGCCAUCAUUUACUGAAGCCCAUCAGUACAACAUCUAUGCUAGUUCCAGCACACAAACUGAUGUGCUCUUUGUAGAGCUCUCCUCUGGCAAAGUUAAAAUGGUAAAGAGCCUUAAAGAGCCUGUCAAGACAGAAGAAUGGCCAUGGAACAGUAAGAACCGGCUAAUCAAGGACAGUGGUCUCUUUGGCCAGUACCUUAUGACACCUUCCAGGGAAUCCCUGUUUAUCCUGGAUGGAAGACUCAAUAAGUUAAAUUGUGAAAUCACUGAAGUUGAGAGAGGCAACACAGUAAUUUGGGUUGGAGAAGCAUAA